AUGGAACAUCACUUUGCCUCCCCUGAGCUUGGUUCUGAGGGAGACACCACGCUAACCCCCAGUGUUUCCCUGCUGUCACCUGCUUCAGAUCUGGGUGAUAAAGUGCCAGGCUCUAGCACAUCCUCAGUGCAGACAGUUACCUCUUCCACGACCACGGGGAUCCCGGGGAGCCCAGAGAGGACGGAGCCCAAUGCAGCUGUCACGUUUCCCAUAAUGGCAAGUAAUCCAGCGGCAAGUGCUGGGAGGGUCAGAAGUGCCACCUCUACCCUGGCCCGUCCAUCUCCCCCAGGGGAAGAGACAGCAGGAAGCAUGCUCCCCCUCAGCACCUCCCCCGAGACCCCAGACCCGCCCAGCCUCCCCGCAGCCGGGACUUCGGCUUCGGAACCGUCGGGUGGCCCUGGAACCCUCAGCAUCACCAGUGUGUCUGGAAUGAAGACUUCAUUUUCUCCAUCCCCCUCCUCUGCCUCAGAAGAGACCAACACCCUUUUAUUUACUACUGGAGAGGAUUCAAAGAAACCUUUAAAUCCAUCUGUGUCUCCACCUGAGACCUCUGUUUCCAGAGACAAGACCACCUUGGCCUUCACCUCUGUGCCCACACAAACCCUCUCAGCCGUGGACUCCUGGGCUACACGCUCAGGUGAGUACCCCUCAUCCCAUAUAGCGAAUGCCUUCAGGACCACAAACAGCACCUCCAUUGCACAGUCAGCCAACACCACUCUUCCUAAAACUUCUCGGUUGACGAGGACCCCUGCUUUUAUUCCUGCAGCUGCCAUGUCACAGACCAACACUGUACUUCACAGCAAUGCUUGGCCGGAGACGAGUCCCAAAUUUGCAACAAGGUCGCCUCCGGCACGAAGCACUGUGUCAGCGACUGCCCCUCUUCUUUCUGCGGCUGGCGUGGUUCCUGGAUUCAGUUCCCUAAAAACCAGCUCCACGGAAGGAGUGUCUGUGUGGCAGCCUUCAACAGACAACCCAAGAGGUCCAGCCACCGUUCCUUCCGGACCUUCCACCAGGAUGCAGCCCACAGAGGGAAAUGGUGGGGAAAGGAAGUCGGGAACAACCCACCCGCCCAUUGGAACCGCAUCUCCACCUGAGACAUCCACACAUGCCUCCCUGGCCAAGGAAAGCCGUUGGGUCUCAACGAGUGCAUCUCAGUCCACUGGUGCUUCCAGCUCAAGGACUGUACGAAGGACAAGCCACUUGGCUGGCCCCUUGUCUGGGGCCCCCUAUGAUUUGUCCUCUGGGGGGCUUACAGUUUCUGGGGAUGAAACCAGCCCACCUCUGGCUCCAGAAACAACUGCAGUUCACUCGCCUGAUAACUCGUCUUCAUCUGCUGCUUCUGUUGCCCCAGUCCCAGUGGCCACCACAUUUUUAGCCCAGAAGGUCACCGCAAGCACUGUAGCCGGCACAGCUGAGGCUAGUAAAUGGGACAUGCCCAUAUCUUCUAGGACUUCCUCAUCACUUAGCAACUCCCCAGCCAGUGCGGACACAGGGAGGGGCGUCUCUGUUCCCCUGGCUACUCCAUCGUCAGCCCCGUCAGUGGAGCCAUCAGAAGAAAGUGUUGCUACCUCUGGCACCCGCCCAGAACCAACAGACUCACCCGGCGUCCUCCUCAGAGAGGUGCAAACCAGUCCAGAGAGUUACACGCCCCUUGUCUCACCCUCGGUGAAGGCCACCACGGCUGUAUCAAUAGCAAAAAUGGAGACUGAUGAAAUCUCUUACUCUUCUGGGUCGCCACCUGUGAUGUCACUUCCCGGAAAGAUCGGCACCAGUGGUACCGGGGCCUCCACCACAUACGUCCCCCCUCCGGAUCCCAUGGUGACACGUUCAGCUCAGGUCUCUUCAUCCCAUUUGGUGAAAGAGCUCAGAACCACAGACACUUAUGCAAGAACAGAGUCCGCCAGCCCAGCUGCUGAUGCUGGAAGUCCUCAAAUCCCAAGGACACCCAGUCCCAUUAGCCCAGACAGGAUGGCAGGGGCCAGCACAGACACAGCUGAACGCUUCACUGGAUCCCAGGGCACAGAUCCGGCAGAAAAAUCCCCUGGCUUCGGGACACGGUCAACCCUAGGACCAGUGUCUGUCGUGGCCUCUGCCUCCCCUCCCUCUGGAAGCAGCACAUUGGAACUGACCUCUGACGCCUCAGGUGAGUCCUUGACCCUGAGCACCAGUAACGAGAGCACAAUCACUUCUUGGCUCCGGGCUCUCAGUACGUCUCUCCCCAUGGUAACGUGGCUGAGUACCAGCUCAACAGAGGAAAGGGCCUUAAAUGCUCCCGAUGCUUCAAGUCCAAGUUCAUCCAAGACAUUUGCUGCAUUUACACCUUCUGUACCUUCCCAUGAACUUGCAGAUCCAGGGGUAGACACCACUGUUCUCCAAAAUACAGAUUCAACCACCAUUUCCAGGCCUCUCCAGCACAGAAGCCGGGCAGAGCUCAUCUCGGCCCCUCCCCAUUACCUCUCCAUCGACAGAGCCCACAUCCCCAGCAGCACUGACCACUUCAACACCCAAGAGAAGACUCACAUCAGGGGCAACAAGACCAGCCGGCUCCGUGUCUCGAGACGAGACGAGCUCAUCCCCAAGGCGGACUGCAGAGGUCCUCAGGAGCCUGUGACAACCACCACUGGGGAGCUGAGUGAGGGGGCGUAUGGAGGCACCAUGUGGUCAACGGGUGACCCCAUGUCUCUGGUGACUGCAGGCAGACUGGGCCUGCCCACAAGAAGCCCAGGAACAUCUGAAGAUAUCCUAAAUCCAAGCUCCAAGGAGCCCAGCAGCAGCCACAAGACCAGGAUCACUGUGGGGACUUCUCUUAGGAAGACUCCAAAAGAGACUGUCCCUGUGGAUACCACAGUGGGACUGGCCACCCUUCAGUCCCCGAACACAGGGAGUGUCAGCACCAAACUCCUUCCCUUGCCCACAGGAAACACGAUGACAGCAGAAUCAUCCACAGAAAUGGCAGUAGUUACAAAUAACAUCUCACACUCCACACAUCCGGCUGAGGCCUGGGCUAGUACUUAUUCUGGGACACCAGAAGGGACAAGCCAGUCAAGAGGAACAAUGUCCUCUUUCCACCCAGAAUCAACUUCUGUAGGUGCCACAGGGAAGGUUCAGCAAGUCAGCUCAGGCUUGACUUCAAAGACAACUGAAAUGGACUUGUCCACACGGUUUGGCUCCACCGAGGGGACCGCAGUGGACACUCAUUUCCCCUUGAGCACAUCUUCCACUGGUCUUCAAGACUCUGCAACAAGUUUAGUUAUCUCCAAGGUAGCCACAGGCUCAGUGGCAGAUAAAUCUGAACUUAAAACCAUGCCGUGGGUCAGCACCGUGGUCAUUCCUUCCACGGCCUUCAGUACAAAGGCAAUGGCAGUUGAACGACAGACAGGUGGAUCUGUGGGGAAGGCUUAUUCAUCUGGCCCAUGGCCAAAGCAGAUACCUGGGAGUGACCCAAUGUCGAGUGCCUCCCCUGUGAAGCCAGACACAGCUACCACCACCCUCACAACCCACAUUCCUCCAACAGGACCUUGGACUUCUGACAGGUCAGAAGGCUCAGCCGCUAUCAGCCUCACCAGUAUGGCAAAAGACACAACUGGUUCCUCUAUAUCUGCUACUUCCCCUUUGGUGGGGCCCAAUUCUGAGUCCAUCACUGGACUGGAGACCACUGAAAUGGCAUCUCCACCUGGGGUCCCUUCUGUGACAUCAUAUCCGACAGAACUAACAAGCAAGGGUGGGGCUCUCACCUUGGUGAUCAUCACCUCCAGCCCCAGGGGAGCAAAGUCAGUUUCAACUAUAAUGACUAGCCCGGAGAGGAAGUCCAGGGCCACAGUCAGCACCCAAGCACCAGGGACCUCUCCAUGGACUGUCACAGACACAGCUGUCCAGUCACAUGUCACUGGUUUGCCCAAAGUCCGUUCUACAGGGAGGACACUUUCCUCCUCAGCAGUGGCUACUGGAACAGCUGAACAACAAACAAGUGUAUCUGUGGGUGCGGCUUAUUCAUCUGCUAUCACACGGUCAGACAAGACAACUGGGAGUGAUCUGAUUCAUGGUGCAUCUCUAGAAGCCACAGACACAUUGCAUCUCACCUCCAGAGAACAAACCACAUCGGCAACUCUGACCUUUAAAAGCCAAGCCAUCACCAGCCCUACCAAUGAUGCUUCAGGAGGAAAAAUGAACUCUUCACCAUCUGGUGUAUUUCCUUCAAUGGAGUCUAAGACGCUGGUGGCCGUCACAAGUGUAACGACUAGUAAGGCUGCCUCUAUGACUGAGCAACUGUCACAGACCUCAUUUCCUGCAGAAGCGAGCAUGAUGAGUACGACCACAGCCCCCCCUCCACGUGUCAUCACCACUAUCACCACUAUGGGAACCAACUCAGUCCUGACUACCAUGUCCAACCCAAAGAGGAGAGAGAGCACCAUGGACAGCACCCUGGCUACAGAGACCAGCACAUCUGCCAUGGAGCAUCCUUCCACCUGGUCAUCCACAACUGCUUCUGCCCCAACAUCAGGCUCCUCGGCUAUGAAAGACAUAACUUCAAUUUUGAAAGUCACAGGUUCUCCCAAAACAACUUCUGCAAUGGGCACAACUUCAUCCUUAGCAUCAAGCACAGAAUCAGGCUCUUUAUCUACUCCCCAUGGCAUUAUGACUAUUACUGGAACCAGCCCAGCCAGUCCAUCUUCUCGUGCUUCAGCUGAAGAUAUGAGGUCCACAAAUAUGAGAACAUUGACUCCUUCAGACACAACUGCAUCUAUGCCCAUUUCAACUUCUGGUAUCGAGAAGAUGAACACCUUACUUCCUGACAUUUUAGACACAAGUUGGACUACCAGUAAAAGAAAUAUGGAAGUUCUGCCUGGUUCAAUGGCUUUCACUGACCAUCCAAAUACAAAGACUGACCCCAAUAUCCUCCUAUCCGUUUCACUGCCUGAUUCUCUGCCCACACAUGACUGGACUACUGGGAAACCUGUGUCACCAGCCACAACCACUACCUCCACUCCUCAAGGGGACACAACUCAAAAAUUCAAUGUAAUGAACACGAUCAAACCAACUACCUCAUACAUACCAUUCUUUACAACGGAAACAGGUAUAGCUCCUUCGCUAAGUUACACUCCUACAAAUGAAGAGAGAAGAACAGAGAAAUACACCAAUGACAAAAUAUCUACCCCAACACUUCCUCAGUCCAUGAGGUCAUCAGAUACCAUCAGGGGCCAUAUAAUGAAAGUUGUGACAAAUGGUGAAAAACUAACCAUGAGUGAACAGAAUGGUACUACUAGGACUACAUCUGAGGGCACGCUAGCCUUGGGUACCUCAGCCAUAGCAUCAAGGGCAGAGAUGCACUCGGCUGCGACUCAGGGUUCUAGACACUCAGAGACGACCACUAGCAUGGACAGACAUUCAGAGGAUGUGUCACACCCAAGCCCUUCCUCUGAGCAGGACAUCAGCUCUCCAUCUUCCCUGGUGCCUUUAUCUUCCAUGACCUCAUCCUCUACAGUGUCCCCCACACUGCCAACCAGUAAUCCUCCUUCUCUUGUACCUGUCACGUCACCUCUCACCCAUGGCCUGCUGAGGACCCACAGCACUUGGAACACAAGCUUGGAAGGUGUGAUCAGUUUACCCUCAGGUCUGAGUAAAACCUCAGUAGAGAUUCAGGCCUCGUCUGAAGACUCUACUGAUACAGAGGCCACUCACCUUCCUCAAAACACAGCAGUGACCUACGUAGGGACCCUCAGUUCUGCAUGGGAAUCUAACCCCGUGACCCCAGCGGGCUUACAGCCAGACACAGGCACAUCUCAUGUCAAGACCUCCUCCAUUGGUGGGGAUGCCAUGGCUUCCACAAAAGGGUCGGGCCUCUCUGGAACCACGGAGACUGAGACACCAUCAAAGAUGUCCCUGGCCCCAGACCCAUGGGAAACCAACACGUUCCGGCACACUAGCUCAGCCACAGAGGAAAUCACUGUCCCUUCCAAGGUGUCCACAGGUACUAAUACUGAGGCCACCAGGACAGACAUCAUGUUCUUUAGCAGGGCAUCCAGCCCGGGCCCUGUUCAGCUCACGAUGUCACCAGACUUCCCCACAGAAAUCAACACCAGGCUCUCUCUUUCCCCCGUCAUGACAGAAUCUGAACCUAUAACCAUGGACACUAUAAACAUUCCCUUAGAGGCUAUACCCCAAGGCACACUAGUCUGGGAUACAUCAGCCACAGCAUCAGGGGCACAGACACACUCAGCCAUGACUCAGAGUUCUCCACGCCCAGAGAUGACCACUAGGGGGGACAGAGGUUCUGAAGAUGAGUCACCCGCCAGCCCUUCCUCUGAGCAGGACAUCAGCUCUCCAUCUUCCCUGGUGCCAUCUUUACAAGUUAUGUCCUUGACUUCUGCAGUGUCCCCCACACCUCCAGACAGUAGUUCUUACCCUUCUGACUCUGUCACCUCACCUCUCACCACUGGCCUGCCGAGGACCCACAUCACAUGGGGUACGAGCUCGGAAGGUGUGAACAGUUCACCCUCAGGUCUGAGUCAGACCUCAGUCGAUGUAUGGGCCCCAUCUGAAGUCUCUACCACUACAGAAGCUAUUCACCCUCCCAAAACCACAGCAGUGACCCACAUGGGGACCCUCAGUACUGCAUGGGAAGCCCACUCCUCAGCCCCAGCUGUCUCAGAGACAGCCACUGGCACAACUCCGAUUGAGACCUCCCCCACUGGUGGGACCACAAUGGCUGUCACACCAAUGCCUGGCUUCUCUGGAACCACGGAGACUGAGACACAGACAAAGUCCUCCCUGGCCCUGCAACCACAGGAAACCAUCACAUCCCAGCACACCACCUCAGCUACAGAGGAAAUUACCGUCCCUUCCGAAGUGUCCACUGGUACUAGGUCUGGGGUCUCCAGGACAGUGUUCAUCUCCCGGAGUGGAACUUCCAUCCCUGUCCCUACUCGGGCCACAGUGUCACCAGGCAUCCCCAUGGGAAUCAACACCAGGCUCUCUGCCUCACCAGUCAUGGCAGAAUCUUCACCUAUAGCCAAGGCCACUGAAACCAUUCCCCCGGAAGCUAUAUCCCAGGGCAUGCUAGCCUGGGGCACAUUAGCGACAGCCUUGGAGCCUCAUACGCUCUCGGCUGUGACUCAGGGUUCUCCACCUUCAGAUGUGACCACUAGCAUGGACAGGCGAUCUGAGGGUGUGUCACUCUCAAGCCCUUCUUCUGAGCAGGACGUCAGCUCUCCAUCUUCCUUGGUGCCUUUACAUGCCAUGACCUCGUCCUCUGCAGUGUCCUCCACUCUCCCAGCCAGUAGUCCUUUUCCUUCUGACUCUGUCACCUCACCUCUCACCGCUGGCCUGCCGAGGACCCACAUCACAUGGGGUACAAGCUCAGAAGGUGUAACUAGUUCACCCUCAGGUCUCAGUCAAACCUCAGUCGAUGUAUGGAUGCCAUCUGAAGUCUCUACCACUACGGAAGCUAUUCACCCUUCUGAAAACACAGCAGUGACCCACAAGGGGACCCUCAGUUCCACAUGGGAAUCCCGCUCCUCGGCCCCAGCUGGCUCAGAGAUAGCCACAAGAAUGUCUCCGAUCAAGACCUCCUCCCUCGAUGGGGAUGCCACAACUUCCACACCAACGCCUGGCCUCUCUGGAACCAUGGAGCCUGAGACACAGUCACAGUCGUCCAUGGCCCUGGAACCACAGGAAACUGGCACAUUCCCCCAUACUAUCUCAGCCACAGAGGACAUGAGCAUCUCUCCCAAGGUCUCCACUGAGUCUAGUGCUGGGGCCUCCAGGACAGACGUCAUGUUCUCUAGCAGGACAUCCACCCCUGGCCCUGUUCAGCUCACAAUGUCACCAGACAUCCUCACAGAAAUCAAUACCAGGCUCUCUACCUCCCCUGUCAAGGCAGAAUCUGAACCUAUAACCAUGGCCACUGAAACUGGUCCCCCAGGGACUACAUCCCAAGGCACACUAGCCUGGGACACAUCAGACACAGCAUCGGGGGCACAGACACACUCAGCCGUGACUCAAGGUUCUCCACACUCAGAGAUGACCACUAGUGGGGACAGAGUUUCUGAAGAUGAGUCACCUGCCAGCCCUUCCUCUGAGCAGGACAUCAGCUCUCCAUCUUCCCUGGUGCCUUCUUUACAAGUUAUGUCCUUGACUUCUUCAGUGUCCCCCACACUGCCAGCCAGUAGUCCUUUUCCUUCUGACUCUGUCACCUCACCUCUCACCACUGGCCUGCCGAGGACCCACAUCACAUGGGGUACGAGCUCGGAAGGUGUGAACAGUUCACCCUCAGGCCUGAGUCAGACCUCAGUGGAGAUAUGGGCCAUGCCUGAAGCCUCUACCACUACAAAUACAAUGCCCCCUUCUGAAAACACAGCAGUGUCCCAGGUGGGGACCCUCGGUACCUCAAGGGAAUCCCACUCCUCGGCCCCAGCUGGCUCAGAAUCAGCCACAGGCACAUCUCUAGUCAAGACCUCCUCCCUCGAUGGGGACACCAUGGUUUCCACUCCAAUGCCUGACCUCUCUGCAACCACGGAGAUAAAGGCACAGUCAAUGUCAUCCCAGGCCCCAGAACCACGGGAAACUGGAACAUCCCGCCAUACCAGCUCAGCCCCAGAGGAAAUCACCGUCCUUUCUGAGCUGUCCACUGGUAAUAGUGCUGAGGCCUCUAGGACAGCUGUCAUCUCCCCUAGCAGGACAUCCAUCCCUGGACCUGGUCUGCCAACAUUGUCACCAGACAUCCCCACGGGUAUCAACAACAGGCUCUCUAUCUCACCUGUCAUCGCAGAAUCCUCACCCAUAUCCAACACCACCAAAACAGUUCCCCGACCGACUACAUCCCAAGGCAGUAUAGCCAGGGACUCAUCAGCCACAGCUUCGUGGGCAGAGAUGCACUCAGUUGUGACUCAGAGUUCUCCACACUCAGAUGGGACUACUAGCGUGGACAGGGUUUCUGAGGAUAUGUCACGCAGAAGCCCUUCCACUGAGCAGGACAUCAGGUCUCCAUCUUCUCUGGAGCCUUUCCAUGCCAUGACCUCGGCCUCUGCAGUGUCCCCCACAUUACCACCCACUAGCCCUUCUCCUCCUGCUUCUGUCACCUCACCUCUCACCCUCAGCCUCUUGAGGACAUGGGGCAUGAGCUCGGAAAGCGUGACCAGUUCAAACUCAAGACCGAGCAGCAUCUCAGUGGAGAAACAGGCCACAUCUGAAGCGUCCUCCACUACAGAGGCCAUUCAUCCUCCCAAAACCACAACAGUGACCCACAUGGGGACCCUCAGUACUGCAUGGGAAGCCCACUCCUCAGCCCCAGCUGUCUCAGAGACAGCCACUGGCACAUCUCCAAUUGAGACCUCCCCCACUGGUGGGACCACAAUGGCUGUCACACCAAUGCCUGGCUCCUCUGGAACCACGGAGACUGAGACACAGUCAAAGUCGUCCAAGGUUCCAGAACCAUGGGAAACUGGCACAUCCCCCUAUACCAGCUCAGCCUCAGGGGACAUCAGCAUUGCUUCCGAGGUCUCCACUGGGACUAGUGCUGAGGCCUCCAGGACAGACAUCAUGUUCCCCAGCAGGACAUCCACCCAUGGCCUUGUUCAACUCACGAUGUCACCAGACUUCCCCACAGAAAUCAACACAAGGCUCUCUACCUCCCCUGUCAUGGUGGAAUCUGAACCUAUAACCAUGGCCACUGAAACUGUUCCCCCAGGGGCUAUAUCCCAGGAUACAGUAGCUUGGGACACAUCAGCCACAGCAUCGGCGGCACAGACACACUCAGCUGUGACUCAGGGUUCUCCCCUGUCAGAGAUGACUACUAGUGUGGACAGAGGUUCUGAAGAUGAAUCACCCACCAGCCUGUCCUCUGAGCAGGACAUCAGCUCUCCAUCUUCCCUGGUGCCUUUCCCUGCCAUGACCUGGUCUUCUGCACUGUCCUCCACACUGCCAACCAUUAAUCCUUCUCCUGUUCCUGUCACCUCACCUCUCGCCCCUGGCCUGCUGACCCACAGCAUGUGGGGCAUGAGUUCAAAAGGUGUGACCAGUUCAUCUUCAGUUCUGACCAGCACACUAGUGGAUAUCCAGACCACGUCUGAAGCCUCUACCACUACAGAGGCCAGUCGCCUUCCUGAAAACACAGCAGUGACCCUCGUGGGGACCCUAACUUCUGCAUGGGAAUCAUACUCCUUGGCCUCAGCUGGGUCAGGGACAGCCAUAGGGACAUCUCCAGUUGAGACCUCCUCCUUUGAUGUGGAUGCCACAGCUUCCACAACAAUGCCUGACCUGUUGGGAACCACAGAGACUGAGAUACAGUCAAUAUCAUCCCUGGCCCCAGAACCACGGGCAACCAUCAUGGCCCAGCACACCAGCUCAACACCAGAGGAAAUCACUGUCCCUUCCAAGGUGUCCACUGGUCCUAAUGCUGAUGCGCCCAGGAUACCCAUCAUGUCCCCAAGCAAAACAUCCAUCCCUGGCCUUGUUCAGCCCACGAUGUCACCACACUUCUCUACAGGAAUCACCACCAGGCUCUCUACUUCAUCCAUCAUGGCAGAAUCUGCACCUAUAAACUUGGCCACUGAAACUGUUCCCCUGGGGGCUACAUCCCAGGGCACAGUAGCCUGGGACACUUCAGCCACAGCAUUAGGGGCACAGACACACUCGGCUGUGACUCAGGGUUCUCCACAUUCAGCGGUGACCUCUAGUGUGGACAGAGGUUCUGAGGGUGAGUCACGAGUAAGCCCUUCCUCUGAGAGAGACAUCAGCUCUCCAUCUUCCCUAGUGUCUUUACCUGCCAUGACCUCAUCCUCUGGAGUGUCCCCCACGCUGCCACCUAGGAGUUUUUCUCCUGUUCCUGUCACCUCACCUCUCACCCUUGGCCUGCUAAAGAUCCCCAGCACAUGGAGCACAAGCUCGGAAGGUGUGAUCAGUUCACCUUCAGGUCUGAGUCAGACCUCAGUGGAGAUAUGGGCCACGCCUGAAGCCUCUACCACUACAAGGUCUAUCCACCUUCCCGAAAACACAGCAGUAACCCAUGUGGGGACCCUCAGUCAUGCACUGGAAUUGCAUUCCUCAGCCCCAGCUGGCUCAGAGCCAGGCACAGGGAUGUCUCCAAUUGAGACCUCCUCCCUCCCUGGGGAUGCCACAGCUUCCACACCAAUGCCUGGCCUCUCUGGGACCACAGAGACUGAGACACAGUCAAUGUCACCUCUGGCCCCAGAAACAUGGGAAACGGUCAUGUCCUGGCAUACUAGUUCAGCUCCAGAGGCUAUCAGCAUCCUCUCUGAGGUGUCCACUGGGACUACCACUGAGGCAUUCAAGACAGAUGUCAUUUCUUCUAGCAGGACAUCCAUCCCUUUCCCUGUUCAGACAACAAUGUCACCAGACAUCCCCACGGAAGUCAACACCAGGCUCUCUACCUCCCCUGUCAUGGCGGAAUCUGAACCUAUAACCAUGGCCACUGAAACCGUUCCCCCAAGGGCUACAUCCCAGGACACAGUAGCCUGGGACACAACAGCCACAACAUUAGGGGCACCGACACACUUGGCUGUGACUCAGGGUUUUCCACAUUCAGUGGUGACCUCUAGUGUGGACAGAGAUUAUGAGGGUGAGUCACCCACCAGCCCUUCCUCUGAGCAGGACAUCAGCUCUCCAUCUUCCCUGGUGCCUUUACAUGCUAUGACCUCAGCCUCUGCAGUGUCCCCCACACUGCCAGCCAGUAGGCCUUCUCCUCUUGCUCCUGUCACCUCACCACCUCUCACCACUGGCCUGCCAACAAUCCAUAGCACGUGGGGCACGAGCACAGAAGGUGUGAUCAGUUCACCCUCAGUUCUGACCAGCACGUUAGUGGACACUUGGGCCACAUCUGAAGCCUCUACCCCUACAGAGGCCAUUCACCCUCCUGAAUACACAGCAGUCACCCAUGCGGCAACCCUCCGUUCUGCCCAGGAAUCCCACUCCUCGUCCCCAGCCUCAUCAGAACCAGCCACAGGAACAUCUCCAAUCGAGACCUCCUCCAUCGGUCAGGACACCACGGCUUCCACACCAAUGCCUGGCCUCUUGGGAACCACAGAGAAGGAAACAGUGUCAUCGUCAUCCCUGGCCCCAGAACUGUGGGAAUUGGACUCCUUUCGGCACACCAGCUCAGCCACGGAGGAAAUCACCAUCCCCCCUGAGGUGUCCACAGGUUCUAGUGCUGAGGCCUCCAGGACAGACGUCAUCUCCCACAGCAGGACAUCCAUCCCUGUCCCUUCUCAGCCCACAAUGUCCCCUGACAUCCCCAUGGGAAUCAACACCAGGCUCUCUACCUCCCUCAUUGAGGCAGAAUCUGCACAUAUAAUCAUGGCCACCAGAACAGUUCCCCCAGGAGCUACCUCCCAGGGCACACUAGCCUGGUCCACAUCAGCCUCAGCCGGGCGGUCUCAUAUACACUCAGCAAUAACUCAGGGUUCUCCACGCUCAGAGGUGACCACUAGCAUGGAAAGAGUUUCUGAGAAUGAGUCACACACAAGCCCUUCCUCUGAGCAAGACAUCAAUUCUCCAUCUUCCCUGGUGCCUUUUCAUGCCAUGACCUCAACUUCUGCAGUGCCCCCCACGCUGCCAGCCACUGGUCCUUCUCUGGUUCCUGUCACCUCACCUCUCACCCCUGGCCUGAUGAGGACCCCCAGCACGUGGGGCAUGAGCUCAGAAGGGGUGACCAGUUCACCCUCAGGUCUGACCAGCAUCUCAGUGGUGGAGACUCGGGACACAUCUGAAUACUCUACUGCUACAGAGGCCAUUUCCCAUGCCAAAAACACAGCGAUGACUCACACAGGAUCCCUCAGUUCCACAUGGGAAUCCCACUCCUCGGCCCCAAAUGGCUCAGAGCCAGCCACAGGAAUGUCUCCAGUUGAGACCUCCUCCCUCAGUGGGGACACCCUGGCUUCCACACAAAGGCCUGGCCUCUCUGGAACCACGGAGACUGAGAUACAGUCAGCGUCGUCCCUGGCCCUGGAACCACGGGAAACCAGCACAUCCUGGCACAUCAGCUCAGCCACAGAGGAAAUCACCGUCCCUCCUGAGGUGUCCCCUGGUACUAGUCCUGAAGCCACCAGGACAGCCGUCAUGUCCCCCAGCAGGACAUCCAUCCCUGGCCCUGGUCAGGCCACAGUGUCACCAGACAUUCCCACAGAAAUCAAAACCAGGCUCUCUACCUCCCCUGUCAAGGCAGAAUCUGAACCUAUAACAAUGACCACUGAAACUGUCCCCCUGGGUGCUACACCCCAGGGCACACUAGCCUGGGACACAUCAGCCACAGCAUCAGGGGCACAGACACACUUGGUUGUGACUCAGGGUUCUCCACGCUCAGAGAUGACCGCUAGCGUGGACACAGGUUCUGAGGAUGCGUCACCCACCAGCCCUUCCUCUGAGCAAGACAUCAGCUCUCCAUCUUCCUUGAUGCCUUUACCUGCCAUGUCCUCGAUUUCUGCAGUGUCUCCCACACUGCCAGCCACUAGCCCUUCUCCACCUGAUCAUGUCACCUCAUCUCUCACCCCUGACCUGCUGAUGAUCCCCGGUACAUGGGACAUGAGCUUGGAAGGUGUGACCAGUUCACCCUCAGGUCUAAGCAGCACAUUAGUGGACAUCCGGACCUCAUCUGAAGCCUCUUCCACUAUAGAGGCCAUUUACCUUCCUGAAAACACAGCAGUGACCCACGUGGGGACCCUCAGUUCUGUAGGGGAUUCCCACUCCUCUGCCCCAGCUGGCUCAGAGACAGCCACAGGCACGUCUCCAGUUGAGACUUCUUCCCUCCAUGGGGAUGCCACAGCCUCCAUGCCGAUGCCUGGCUUCUCUGGAACCACACAGACUGUGACAUUGUCAGUGUCAUCUCUGGCCCUGGAACCAUGGGAAAGUGGCAUGUAUCCCCACACCAGCUCAGCUCCGGAGGAAAGCACUGUCCCUUCCAAGGUGUCCACUGGUAUUAGUCCUGAGGCCUCCAGGACAGCCGUCAUCUCGCCUAAGGGAACAUCCAUCCCUGUCCCUAUUUGGCCCACAAUUUCAAAAGACUUCACCUCGAGAAUCAACACCAAGCUCUCCACCUCCCCCGUCGUGGCAGAAGCUGCACCUAAAACCAUAGCGACUGAAACUGUUCCCCUGGAGGCUACAUCCCAGGGCACAUUUCCUUGGAACACAUCAGCCACAGCCUCAGGGGCUCAUAUGCACUCAGGUAUGACUCAGGAUUCUACAGGAGCAGAGAUGACCACUAGUGCGGACAGAGGUUCUGAGGAUGAGUCACGUACCAGCCCAUCCUCUGAGCAGGACAUCAGCUCUCCAUUUCCCCUGGUGCCUUCCCAUGCCAUGACCUCAGCUUCUUCAGUGUCCAACACAUUGCCAGCCAGUAGUCCUUUUCCUUCUGACUCUGUCACCUUACCUGUCACCACUGGCCUGCUGAGGUCCCACAGCACAUGGGGUAUGAGCUCAGAAAGUGUGACCAGUUCACCUUCAGGUCUGAGUCAGACCUCAGUGGAAAUACAGGACAUGUCUGAAGCCUCUACCACUGCCAAGUCCAUUCACCCUCCUGAAAACACAGCAGUGACCCACGUGGGGACCCUCAGUACUGCAUGGGAAGUCCACUCCUCAGCCCCAGCUGGCUCAACAACAGCCCCACACAUGUCUCCAAUUGAAACCUUCUCCGUUGAUGGAGACACCAUGGCUCCCACACCAAUGCCUGGCCACUCUGGAACCAUGGAGACUGACACACAGUCAACGUCGCCUCUCGCCCUGGAAAUGAGGGAAACCAUCAUGUCCCAGCCCACCAGCUCAGCCCCAGAGGACAUCAGCAUCCCUUCUGAGGUCUUCACUGGGACCAGUGCUGAGGCCUCCAGGACAGACAUCAUGUCCCCCAGCAAGACAUCUGUGCCUGGCCCUGUUCUGCCCACAAUGUCACCAGACAUCCCUAUGGAAUUCAACACUGGGCUUUCUACCUCUUCCCCUAGUGUUGAUAUUGGAAAAGUCACCAUCAUCACCAAGAAAGGGACUGAUGGCGUCGUGGAGCGUAUUACAAAGAUACCCAAUGAAGCAGCCCAUGGAGGUGUCACAGGACCAGUCCAUGUACAUGUGGCACCCACAUCAUCUGCCAGUCCUACAGGACUACCAACAGACUGGAUGGAGAGAGCAGAGACCACAGCUCUGAAGACCACCUCUACAGCAACUCUGACCACUACUGUCUCUACCCCCGCUUCGGGAACAUGGACUCUCCUCAGGACAUCAGGCAAGGUGACCAGCACAAGCACAAGAGGAACGAUCAUUUCAACCCCAGAUAUUUCUUCUGAUGUUCUACAGAUGACCGCCUCAUUGGCCACCAUACCUGGGGCAGAGACCAGCACAGAAGUUCCCAGGACAACCCCGUCUGUUUUCAGUAGAGGCUCACAGACUACACCCUCACUGGUCCCUAGUUCUGAUGCAGAGAACGGUCCAGCUUCUCCAACUCUGGCUGUUUCCCUUGAAAUGGUGACCUCACUGGUAACUAGUCCUGGGGCAGAGAUGAGCACAGUUAUUUCAACUCUGACUGACUCCCAAGAUGAACCAGAGACCAACACCUCAUGGGUCACCCAACCUGGGGCACUGAGCGGUUCAUCUAUUCCAGUUCCAAGUGUCCUUCCUGGUAAGCCAGGGCUGGUGACCUCAAUGGAUACUAAUUCUGGAGCAGAGACCAGCCCAACUGAUCAAACUGCGACUACUUCCCCUGGUGAGCCAAAUGCAGCAGCCUCAUUGGUUACCCAUCCUGGGGCACAGACCAGUUCAGCCAUUCCAACUCCAGCCAUUUCCCCUGGUGUAUCAGGGGUGGGAAUCUCACCAGUUACCAGUUCUGGAGCAGAGACCAAUACAACUUUUAUAACUCUGACUGAUUCUCCACAUGAACCAGAGACAACAGCCUCAUGGGUCACCCCUCCUGGGACAGAAGCCAUUUCCACUGUUGCAACUUCAACUGUUUCCCCUGGUGAGCCAGAUGCAACAGCCUUGUGGGUUCAUUCCACAGAGAAUAGCACACCUGUUCCCAGAAUAACUCCAAAUUUUUCCCAAAGUGAAUUAGACACCAUACUCUCAAUGGCCACCACUCCUAGGGUAGAAGCCAGUUCAGCCAUUCCAACAGUGACUGUCUCGUCUGGUGUGCCAGCUACAGUGACCUCCCAGACCACUAGUUCUGGGACAGACACCAGUACAACCUCUUCUACUCUGACUGAAUCCCUGUAUGGAUCAGACACAACAGUCUCCUUGGUCACCCAUCCUGCAGUGUCCAACCCAACGGUUCCCAGGACAACCCCCAGUGCUUCCCAUAGUGAAUCAUAUAGCAAACCCUCAACAGCCACCAGCCUUGAGACAGAAGCCAGUUCAGCUGUUCCAACUACACCUAUCUCCCCUGACAUACCAGAUAUGGUGACCUCACAGGCCACUAGCUCUGGGACAGAUGCCAGUAUGGUUAUUUCAACUCUGACUCUUUCUCCUGGAGAACCAGCGAACACAGUCUCAUGGGUUAAUCAUCCUGGAGCACAGACCAGUUCUUCCAUCCCAACUCUGACUGUCUCCCCUGGUGUAUCAGGAGUGGGGACCUCACUGGUCACUAAUUCUGAGGCAGAGACCAGUACGAUUUUUCCAACUCUGACUGAUUACCCACAUGAAUCAGAGACAGCCUUACGGGUUACCCAUUCCUCAGAGACCAGCACACCUGUUUCCAGAAUAACUCCAAAUUUCUCCCAUAGUGAAUCAGGUACCACACUCUCAACAGCCACCACUCCCGGGGCAGAAGUCAGUUCAUUUUCAGCUACAACUAUCUCACCAGGCAUACCAGGGUUAGUGACCUUAGUGGUUACCAGUUCUGGGGUAGAGACGAGUACAACUUUUUCAACUCUGGCUGAUUCUCUGCAUGAACUGGAGGCCACAGCCUCAUGGCCAGAUACAGCAGUCUCAUUGGUCACCCAUCCUGCAGAGACCAGCUCAACUAUUCCCAAGGCAACACCCAAUUUUUCUUACAGUGAAUCAGAUACCGUACAUUCAAUAGCUACCAGUUCUGGGGCACAGACAAGUUCAGCCAUUCCAACUCUGACCAUCUCCCCUGGCGUACCAGAGGUAGAAAUCUCACUAGCCACAAGUUCUGGGCCAGAGACAAGUACAACUUUUACAACUCUGACUCUUUCUCCAGGUCAAAUGGAGACCACAGGCUCAUGGGUCACCCAUUCUGAGACAGAGUUCAGUUCAGCUGUUCCAACUCUGCCUGCUUCCCCUGGGGAGCCAGAUACAGUAGUCUCAUUGGUCACCCAUCCUGCAGAGACCAGCCCAACAGUUUCCAGGACAACUCCCAAUGUCUCCCAUAGUGAAUUGUAUACCACAUACACAAUGGCCACCAGCCAUGGGGCAGAAGCCAGUUCAGCUGUUCCAACUCCAACUGCCCCCCCUGGUGUACCAGAUAUGGUGACCUCACAGGUCACUAGUUCUGAGAAAGAUGCCAGUACAGUCAUUCCCACUCUCAAUCUUUCUCCUGGUGAACCAGACACCACACAGUCAAUAGCCACCAGCCGUGGGGAAGAAACCAGUUCAGUGGUUCCAACUCCAACUGUCUCUCUUGGUGCACCAGAUAUGGUGACCUCUCACGUUCCUACUUCUGAGACAGAUGCCAAUAUGACUAUUCCAAGUCUGACUCUUUCUCCUGGUGAACCAGCAACCACAGGCUUAUUGGUCACCCACCCCAGUGCAAAGACAAGUACAUAUUUUCCUGGUUCAACUGCUUUUCCUCAUUUACCAGAGACCAUAGCCUCACUCUCUGUCCAACCUGAGCUGGAGAUGAGUACAGCUCCUCCAGUUCGGACUGUUUCCCUCGGUCUACCAGAGACAACAUCCUUCACCACAUCCAUGACGGAGACCAGCAGAGUUGAUCUGGGUCCAACAGUCUCACCUGGUGUUCCUGUAGAAACAGCCUCACUCUCCACCCAUCUUGGCACAGAUAUCACAACUAUUUCAACGUCAACUCUUUCCCCUGUGUUAUUGAAGACUACAGGCUUAUUGGCCACCAGUGCUGCAUCAGAGGCCAGCACAGGUGGCCCAACUUUGACUGCUGGUGUUCUUGGGCCUGUCAGUACCCCUGAAACCACUGGUGAGUCUCAUACCUUAACUUCCUGGAGCACAGAACCCUCACCAUCUGUGACCUCAAUUGAACUCCUGGAAUUGUCCAAGACUGUGACAGGGGACACUGUGACCUUGAUAGCAUCAGAGACCCCAACACCACCUAAAACCAGUCACAGAGACGGAUCGAGUCCAACUGCUAUCCUGAAAACCACAACUCCUGAGACCACUAAUUUAGCUGCCACAGGCUCAGGCCACAUCAUGGUGGAGACUGCAGCCACCUUCAAUACAUCUGUGGCAAGUCCCUUUGUCCCUGAGACCUCAGCUGGGAUGUCCACCUUGACCUCUCUGAGUGUGACUUCAGAAACAAUCUCCACCACCACAGCUGCAGCCCCUUUCUUGAUGCCUUUUACUGUCAACUUCACCAUCACCAGCCUGCACUACACCGAGGACAUGGGGAACUCGGGCUCUGAGAUAUUCAAUGCCACUGAGAGACACCUGCAGCACCUGCUCAGGACUCUGUUCGAAAACAGCAGUGUUGGUUCCCUCUAUGAUGGCUGCAGGCUGACCUUGUUCAGGGCUGAGAAGGAUGGGACAAGCACCAGGAUAGAUGCAGUCUGUACCUACCGCCCAGAUCCCACCGGCUUCAGGCUGGACAGAGAGCGGCUCUACCAGGAGCUAAGCCAGCAGACCCAUGGCAUCACUCAGCUGGGCCCCUACACCCUGGACAGGAACAGUCUCUGUGUCAACGGUUAUAACCAUCAGUACUGGACCCCCACCACCAGCAUUGUGGGCCCAGCCCUGGUGCCAUUCACCCUCAACUUCACCAUCACCAACCUGCUCUGCACCCCAGACAUGAGGCACCCAGGCUCCAUGAAGUUCAACUCCACUGAGAGGGCCCUGAAUCGCCUGCUUGGUCCCUUGUUCAAGAACACCAGUAUUGGCUCACGGUACUCUGGCUGCAGACUGACCUUGCUCAGGACUGAGAAGGGUGGAACAGCAACAGGAGUGGACGUGAUCUGCACUUAUCAUCCUGACCCCAUGGGCCCUGGGCUGAACAGAGAAGAAUUGUACCAGGAGCUGAGUCAGCUGACCCGCGGUGUCACCUGGCUGGGCACCUACACCCUGGACAGAGACAGUCUCUAUGUCAAUGGUUAUAACCACCGGUACUGGAACCCUACCACCAGCAGUGUGAGCCUGUCUCUGGUGCCCUUCACCCUCAACUUCACCAUCACCAACCUGCGCUACACAGAGGGCAUGGGGCCCCCAGGAUCUGAGCUAUUCAACUCUGUAGAGAGGAUCUUGAAUCGUCUGCUCAAACCCUUGUUCCAGAACAGCAGCAUUGGGCCCCUCUAUUAUGGCUGCAGAUUGACCUUGCUCAGGCCUGAGAAAAAGGGAACAGCCACUGGAGUUGAUGCUGUCUGUACUCACCAUCCUGACCCCAUGGGUCCUAAGCUAGACAGGGAGAAGCUGUACUGGGAGCUGAGCCAUCAGACCCAUGGUGUCACCCAGCUGGGCUCCUUCACCCUGGACAAGAACAGCCUCUAUGUCAAUGGUUACACCCACUGGACCUCAGCCCCCACACCCAGUGACUAUUCAUCCUUAGCUCCUGUGACUCCUGUGCACUUCCCAGGGACCUCGAUGGUGCCAGCCCACUUCUCCAGCUCCACAGCCUCAGAUGAACAGAGAACGAUACCCAAAAACAUCCCAGCUGCUGGUCCUGCCCCAGUGCCCUUCACCCUGAACUUUACCAUCAUCAACCUGCACUACACGAAGGACAUGCAGCCGAGCUCGGCAAAGUUUAACUCCACAGAGUCAGCUCUACAACGCCUGCUCAAGCCCUUGUUUGCCAACAACAGCAUUGGUCCGCUCUACAUUGGCUGCAGAGUGACCACACUAAGGCCUGAAAGGGGUGGAACAGCCACUGGAGUUGACGCUGUCUGCACCUACCGACCUGUCCCUUCGGGUCUCCAGCUGGACAGGGAGCGCCUCUACUGGGAACUGAGCCGCCAGACCCAUGGUGUCACCCAGCUUGGUUCCUACAUCCUGGACAGGGACCGUCUCUUUGUCAACGGUUACACCAGAUCACCACUGACCCCCAUCCCCAGUGGAACCUCAGUAGCUCCAAUCUCCUUCUCCAGCUCUACAGUCUCCGGCCCUGACCUGGUUCCAUUCACCCUCAACUUCACCAUCACCAACCUGCGCUACACAGAGAGCAUGCAGUUUAUGGGGUCAGCCAAGUUCAACGAAAUAGAGAAGGUCUUGCAGAGCCUGCUCAGACCCUUAUUCAAGAACACCAGUGUCGGCCCCCUCUACUCUGGCUGCAGACUGACCUCGCUCAGGCCCGAGAAGGCUGGAGCAGCCACCAGGGUGAACACAAUCUGCUCCUACCGCCCCGACCCUGCGGGCCGCGGGCUGGAUAGAGAGAAGCUGUACUGGGAGCUGAGCCGGCUGACCCGUGGUAUCACCUGGCUGGGCCCCUACACCCUGGAGCAGGACAGUCUCUGUGUCAGUGGCUACACCCACCAGACACCAGUAACCGCCCCCAGUGGCCCUGCCGCGUAUCCAUCCCGGGCCUGACAGCCUGGCCUCUCCUCUCCCUCCCCUGCUGCAGCCACGGGACAUCCCCUUGUGCCUUUCACCCUCAACUUCACUAUCACCAACCUACCCUACGCUGAGGACAUGCAGCCUCCUGGAUCCUUGAAAUUUAACACCACGGAGAGGUCCCUGCAGCGCCAGCUCGGACCCUUGUUCCAGAACACCAGUGUGGGCCCCCUGUACUCAGGCUGCAGACUGACCUUGCUCAGGCCCGAGAAGGAUGGGGCAGCCACUGGAGUGGAUGCCGUCUGCACCCACCGCCCUGACCCCACGGGCCCUGGGCUGGACAGAGAGAGGUUGUACCAGGAGCUGAGCCAGCUGACCCAUGGUGUCACCAGGCUGGGUCCCUACACCCUGGAUCCCAACAGUCUCUACAUCAAUGGUUUCACCCACCAGACGCAGGCCACCACCCCCAGCAGUCACACCCAACCGGCUUCAGCCACCACCCCCAACAGUGAGUAUUUCCGACCUCGUGUGCCUGUGACCACCACCCUUCCCCUAAAGAUGGGGGCUGCUCAGUCAGCCAGGCCUUCCCUCCUGUUCCCCCCCUUCUGGAUGGGAAGUCCAGAGGACAUGUAUGGAAAUGUGGGCCGAGCUGGAGCCACUGGCCCUGCUCUGGUGUCCUUCACCCUGAACUUCACCAUCACCAACCUGCACUACACUGAGGACAUGGGGCACCCCAGUUCCUUGAAGUUCAAUUCCACCAAGAGGAUCCUCCAGCACCAGCUCAAGCUCCUGCUCAGUAAGACCAGUGUCGGCCCCCUCUACGCUGGCUGCAGACUUGCCUCGCUCAGGCUUGAGAAGGGUGGUGCAGCCACUGGCGUGGACAUCGUCUGCACCGUCCACUCUGACCCUGCGGGCCCCAGGCUGGACAGAGAGCGGCUAUACUGGGAGCUGAGCCGUGAGACCCAUGGCAUCACCCGGCUGGGGCCCUUCACCCUGGACAGGGACAGCCUCUGUGUCAACGGUUACACCUAUGGAGCCACAGCCCCAACUACCACUGCUGGGGAGGCCCGUGAGGAGCUGUUCACACUGAACUUCACCAUCGACAACCUGCGCUACUCAGCAGACAUGGGCCGCCCCGGCUCCCUCAAGUUCAACAUCACAGAUACCCUCAUGCAGCACCUGCUGGGCCCAUUGUUCCAGAAGAGCAGUCUGGGUACCCGAUAUACAGGCUGCAAGGUCACCUCACUAAGGUCCGUGAAGAAUGGUGCCAAGACGAGGGUGAACAUCCUCUGCACCUACCGGCAGCACCCCAGCAGCCCGGGUCUACUUGCGAAACAGGUGUUCCAUGAACUGAGCAGGCAGACCCGUGGCAUCACCCGGCUGGGCCCCUAUUCACUGGACAAGGACAGCCUCUACCUCAAUGGUUAUAACGAGCGUGGUCCAGAUGAGCCUCCCACAACUCCUGAGGCAGCCACCACAUUCCUGCCUAGUUCAUCAUCACCUGUGCAACCAGAAGCCACCACAGCUAUGGGACACAACCUGAAGACCUUCACACUGAACUUGACCAUCUCCAACCUCCAGUAUUCAACAGACAUGAGCCACAGCUCAGCUACAUUCAACUCCACCAAGAGGACCCUGCAGCACCUGCUUGGAUCCUUGUUCCAGAAGAGCAGCCUGGGCCCCUUCUAUUCAGGUUGCAGAUUAAUCUCCCUCAGGCCUGAGAAGGAUGGGGUAGCCACUCAUGUUAACGCCAUCUGCACCUAUCACCAUGACCCCAUGGGCUACAGGCUGGACCGAGAACAGCUUUACUGGGAGCUAAGCCAGCUGACCCAUGGUGUCACCCAGAUGGGCAUCUAUACCCUGGUCAGGGACAGCCUCUUCGUCAAUGGCUACGCACCCCAGAAUUUAUCUAUUCAGAAUGAGUAUCAGCUGAAUUUCCGCAUCCUCAACUGGAACCUCAGCAACUCAGACCCUGCAUCCUUGGAGUACACAACCCUGCUGAGAGACAUCCAGGACAAGGUCACCAAACUCUACAGAGGCAGCCAGCUACAAGACAUUUUCCGCUCCUGCCUGGUCACCAACUUGACGUUGGACUCCAUGUUGGUCACCAUCAAGGCUCUGUUCUCUUCCAAUGUGGACCCCAGUAUGGUGAAGCAAGUCUUUCUAGACAAGACCCUGAAUGUCUCAUCCCACUGGCUUGGUGCCACCUAUCAGCUGGCAGAUUUGCAUGUGACAGAAGUGGAAUCAACAGCUCAUCUACCAACAGACAGACCAACAAGCAGUCCCACCUCUCAGCACUUCCAGCUGAAUUUCACUGUCACCAACCUACUCUAUUCCCAAGACUUAUCCCAGCCCAACACCACCAAACACCAGCGGAACAAGAGAAGUAUCGAGAAUGCGCUCAAUCAGCUCUUCCGAAACAGCAGCAUGAAGAGUUAUUUCUCUGACUGUCAAGUUUUAGCAUUCAGGUCUGUCCCCAACAGCAACCACACUGGGGUGGACUCCAUCUGUAACUUUUCACCAUUGGCUCGGAGACUGGACAGAAUUGCCAUCUAUGAGGAGUUCUUGAGGCUGACCCAAAAUGGUACCCAGCUGCAGAAUUUUACCCUGGACAGAAACAGUGUCCUUGUGGAUGGGUAUUCUCCCAACAGAAAUGAUGUCUUGACUGAGAAUUCAGACCUCCCCUUCUGGGCCAUCAUCCUCAUUUGCUUGGCAGGACUCCUGGUACUCAUCACAUGCCUGAUCUGCUGUUUCCUGGUCACCAUCCGCCUGCGGAAGAAGGAGGGAGACUACGAGGUUCAGCAACACAGCCUGGGCUAUUACCUGCCAUACCUAGACCUGAAGUUGCAGUGA